AUGACAGCUCUGAUAGCAGCAGAAGAUGUCCAGCUGAUCAUCUCUGAUGUCGACGGUACACUUCUCACAAGCCAGCACACCGUACACCCCAGAACGGUCGACGCUAUCCAUCGCAUACGGCGUAUGAGGCCCGACAUCCCCGUUGUGCUUGCGAGCGGCAAGCAAUUCGUCAGCUGUGAGAGCAUACGAAAGCAACUCCACCUGGACGGAUGUCCUGCCAUCCAUUGCCAUGGCUCGUUGAUCUACGACGACACGGGCAAAUUACUGAAUACGUUCGCACUUGCGCCUGAGCUUGCACUCGGUCUCAUAGCCAAGCUACAAGAACUCAAUCUGACCGCCUUUGCUUUCACGCACGAUGAAGUGGCCGUUGUCAAUCGAGAGCAAGGCGGCAAGACGGAUUGGGUAGAGAUAGGGCGUAAAUAUGACAAGAAUAUCGUCGAGGUGGACGUGUCGGCCUAUCUAGCGUCUAUCGAGUCGGGAAAGAUACAAGUCGUCAAAGUGACGGGAUGCUGCAGCGACGAGCAGCACCUCAUCCAGAAAGCAAUCGACGCGAUACAGUCUCGCUUCCCGCAAGAGCAAGUGACCGUCACUCGAGCUAUUUCCUUCAUACUCGAAUGUGUGCCCGCCAAAAUCAACAAAGCUAGAGCACUUCAGACGCUUUGUGAUGAAUUAGGCAUCUCGCCAGCGCAGGUGAUUGCGUUUGGUGAUGGUGAGAACGACGAGGGUAUGCUUAGGUUAGCUGGCUGCGGAGUAGCAAUGGCAAAUUCGAUGCCGACAGUGCAGCAGUAUUCCGAUCAUGUGACCACGUCUAACGAUGCCGGCGGCGUAGGCGAAUUUCUAGAUCGUAUCUUUGCAUAG